AACUAAUGUUCAUGAACACAAAUGGAAACAAACGAACAAAAACAAUCGUUCAUGAACAAAAUAUAUAAUACACUGACACUUACUAGAAACUAUUUAAUUUGUCAGAAUUUUGACAUAUUUAAAUAAAUAUAAAAACUAAAAACACUAAUGAACUAUCGAACACAAGCGAACACGUUAUAGAACGUUCACGAACAUAAACGAACGAAGGCGACCUCUGUUCAUGUUUGUUCAUUUAACUAAACGAACGAUUCUUUUUGUUCGUGUUCGUUUGUUUAAUAAACGAACGAACACAAACAAACUUACCGCUGAACGAUUCGUGAACUGUUCGCCGAACGUUUGAUUCGUUUACGGCCCUAACGGAAACGAAUCAAAGCGGGACCCCUGCAAAGAAUCACCGAUGAUUUUGGGCACAACAAGGGAGCCAGGCUGUGUUCCCGCCAUAAAUUUUCUUCCCGAGAUUGUGCUUAUUGGGGGAAAUUAACCCUAACAUUUCGCAUUAUACUAAUUCGAUUUACAGAUCUUACAUAGCGGGCAAGAUGAACGGCGACAUGGAAGAACUGAGUCGAAUCACCGCCGAACAACACCGCGAGUUCAUGGCUGCACUAGCUGUCCUCUCUGACCAGGAACUAGCGUACCGUCUCCAACUCGUAGAAGCCAUGGCUGCGUCUAUUGCUUCUAAACCAACACCUACGAUCUCCACUAACGACAGUGACGUGAACCUCCAAACCCUAAACCUUCAGAAACUCGAGACGCAAUUUAAAGACCGCCUCAUCAUUCAAUCCGAAACGAAGCGUCCGUACGGCGAGGGUUUUCCAUCUUCAAAGAGCGAAAAUGAUUCAGAGGUAUUUAGGGUUUAUUUUAAGGGUCUGUUGAGUGACGAGAUAGUUAACGGUCCAUGUUCUUCAAAUAAAACAGUGACAGUGGCGGCGAUUGGUGUGGCGAUAUUCGAUUCGACGGAUGAGGUGAUUUUUGAGUUGAAGAAACCUUUGGAUUUGAUUGAAGGUGACCGGAUUUGCAGGCAGCGUGUGGAGGGGCAGGCGUUGAUUGAGGCUUUGAAGGCUGCAGCUGCUUUGGAACUCAAGAGAAUUGUAGUGUUUUGUGAUUAUUAUCCGCUGUAUCAGUUUGUUAAUGGGCGGUGGCCGCCAAAACAACAAAAGACUAGAGACAUUUUGCAUCAUGUGAAUCUCCUUCAGAAAAGUUUCACAUACUGUGAGCUAAACCUUAUUGCUCUUGAGGACGUCAAAUUUGCGUUUAAGCUUGCAAGAGAAGCAAUAAGCUCUCAGAUAAGUCAAGAAAAGCUUGAUAAUUGUGUAUUAUGCUUAGAGGAUAAAUCUAUAGACCAAUUCUUGUCAGCUGAAGGUUGUACACACCGAUACUGCUAUUGUUGCGUGAAGCAACACGUAGAGGUGAAAUUGCUUAAUGGCGUGUUACCAAAAUGCCCUCAUGGAGGUUGCAAGAGUGAAUUGAAAAUAGAAAGUUGUGAGAAGUUCUUGACCCCGAAGUUUACAGAGAUGAUGAGACAACUGCUGAAAGAAGAUUCAAUUCCGGUGGCCGAAAAAGUUUAUUGUCCUUAUCCUAAAUGCUCCACAUUGAUGUCGAAAACUGAAGCUCUUAGGCAUCCUAGAUCGGUUUAUGGAUAUGGAGCUAGAACAUGUUACAAAUGUCAUGGUAAUUUCUGUGUUUAUUGCAGGGUUCCAUGGCAUGAAAAUAUAACCUGUGAUGAGUACAAACGAAGAAACUCAACAUCACUUGUGGACGAAUCAAAGCUUAAAAAUCUGGCUGCAAGGAAUAUCUGGUGGCAGUGCAUAAAAUGCGAACAUGUAAUAGAAUUAGCAGCUGGUUGCUAUCACAUGACAUGCAGAUGUGGAUAUGAAUUUUGCUACACGUGUGGAGCGGAAUGGAAGAACAAGAAAGCAACAUGCAAUUGUCCUCUUUGGGAUGAAGAAUGCAUCGUAGGUAUCGAGGAAGAAGGCUACAAGUAUGAUGAAUCUAAUUAUUUUGAGGAUGAUUUGAAGCAUGAUGUUGUUCUUUCGGAUGAGUAUGAUAAGUAUUGGUAAAUUGACUCGAUGAUUCUAGGGGUGGUUUGUUUAUAGUUAUGUUAAACCAGCAAGGGAUUGGAAGUAAAUGGUACUAACAUCUAUCUAUCUAGUUGAAAACAAAAAUAUUAAUGCUAGAAAUAUCUUACAUAUUGUGUGAAA